CUUGUCCAUCCUUGUUGAAAGAUCCAGCUCCAAAGUCAGGGUCCAAGUAAUUGAAGAUUUCAAUAUUUCCAGUGACAGAGAGGGGACCCAAGGGCAGAGUGCUCUUGGCGACAGUUGCAGCCUUGGCAGCUGCUUUACUACUGCCAUUAUCGCUUCGACCACUGGGCAUUUGCUGUGCGCCUUUCCGUAGCUUUUUGCUCUUGGGUCUGGCGGCGUAGUUUUCAUCAUCUUCAUCACUGCUGUCCACCAAACCGUCCGAUUCUCCAACUUCUUCAUAGGAAGGUCUAACGCGUUUGGGGGUUCGUACACUCGUUCUAGGUUGGCCCGAUGCGAGGUCGUCUUCGUCAUCCUCCAAGAAGGCAUCUUCUUCAUCUUGGACGGCCUUUCGCUGAGGUCUAGGUGCCGGGGGUGGCGGCGCCUGAGGCACGGACUCCUCGGUUUCUUCUGGGAUGGUUUCCAUGGCUUCUGCUGUUCUUUUCUUUGGAAUGACGGGAGCGGGAGCCUGCGUAAUUCCCCCAGUAUUCAUUGGUACAUUCUUCAGUUUGAUUCUGACAAUGUAAGGGUAUUCCGAAAUGAUGGAAAUGCGCUUCUUUUUUGGAGGUUUUAGUUGCAGUUGUUGCUGUGGUGGCUCUUCCUGUGACGGAUGCUUUUGUUUGGGUGCAUCACGAGCAUGGUGAUGAUGCUGCGGCGGGUAUGGAUGUUUGGGCGGAGGACCUCCGCUACUGGGCCUCCUAUGCUGUUGAGCUUGAUGAUGAUGAGAGCUUCCAUGUCCCAUACUAGCAGUGCGUUCAUGAGGCUUUCGUCUUGGGAUGGUCAUGUUUUCCAAGGACCCAGUGGAGGGCCGUCGCGGCACUUGCGACGAUGUCAGCGACGCUGAUGUCAAGGAAGAGGUGGAUUCUUGCCUUGGAGGACGAGGCCGUCGUGGGAUCGCCGCCAUCAUGAGGGAAUCCACAUUAUUGUCGUCUUCCUUCUUGCCACCAUUGCCGCUGUUGUCCAUGUUGAUUUGUACUAUAGUCGGAUCAAUCAACUGACUGACCGACCACAGACACAAUAUGGAUAGAAGUCGAUUCUCCAGGCGUAUCACAGAGUGGCCCAAUAAGUCCAAAGAGAAGACGAUAAUACGACAAUAGCUUUGCCGCCGCCAAUAAUAGUGAUCUCAAAGGAAGGAUCGGUUGUGGUUGUGGGAACAGUCAAUCUCCUUUGAAGACAAGUCCAGCAUGCAAGUGCAGACGUGCGGAUCAUGCGCGGAAACACGGUGUGCUCACUGCGUAGAGUGGAUUGUGCUUGGCGAGGAGUUGCAUGGGUGGCCGCUGCGCCAAGAAGAAGUCGCCAGUCCGAGGAAAGAUCGAGCAUCGAACGCCAUGGUCAAGGGUUGACAUCCAGCAGAGCUGUAAGAACAUUGAGUCUUUAGUUAAGGUUGAGGCUUGACUCGAUUCGGCUCUGGUUUUGGCGCCAUCGUAACAGAGACACAAACAGAAAACAUUGAAAGCUACAGCGACAUAAGGUAUUCUUAGAUUAGCUCAUGGCAGUGUCAAGCUUUCCUGUGGUAUCGGUAUCGAUCGACGUAGUUGCUCCCUAGCUUGUGCAGCAACGACGGGAAAGAGCCGCUUUGCACGAGGAGGAAGCGCUGUUUUUUCCAAGGCAACAAGUUUUGACGUACCCAACGGUUUUGUCCACGGCACCAUCAUCGACAACAAUUGUCUUGUCCUCACAUCCAGAUGGCGGGCCAUGGAAUUGCCCGUGUUCAACUGAAUCGGGAUAAAGGCCCUCGUGGGAAACCCAAGAAAGCGGACACAUCGGCUGAUUUUGUAGAACCAGGCGGGCAGUUGGCAAAUCUGCCUACCGAUCUCAAUGAAAUUGGUCCUGCCAAAGAUGACGGAGGCCGCAAGGCUAAGGCAAUUCGCAAGGGCAAAAACAACAGGCACUGUACCGGUAGACAGCCAGCAAAAGGUGACCAGACAAGCAGAGUUCCAAAGAAGCAAGCUCCAUUAAGAAAUGCCCUGAUGCAAUCCAAUAAUCCAUUGGAUCAAGCCAAGGAACGCCAGAGCCGUCCAAGACAACAUGAAAGACCACGAAAUUCCUCUUCUUCACAAAAGAAUUUCAGCCAAAGCAGGGAACGACGAACUGGUGGUUUGUUGGAUUCACUGAAGAAGGGUCCCCGCGGGAAGGAUAUGCCAGAUGUUGCCGAAAUUCUUACCAACCUUACAGUGCCCGAGUCUGAGUCCGAGACUGAUCAAGAGAAUGCAAGGAAGAAACAAAAACAAUCCAAGCCCAACAAAUCAUCCAGGCGCUCAUAUAUACAACAUCAGGAAGGUAGAGGCAGAGAGAAGGAACGAGGGGGAUCAAGCCAAAAACCGGCGCCUCGACAGAACAAUAGGAAACGAAGCAAAUCCAGUGAUGGCUUUCUUGACAGCCAGCACGAGGGAGACCAGUCUUCCCGACGACAGUCUGCAUUUGACAAUCUCGGAUCAACCCAAAAGCGACGCAAGAGUUCAGGGUCUGUACUUGACGAAGAUCCCAUCCAAGAAUAUGUGGAAGAUGAAGUAUACGAGCCUCCAAAACAACCAGCAACUAAAUUCGGAUUGUUUCAAGAUUCCCACAACGUGCGAGAAUCCGACCAAGACGAGUCCGAGGAGACACGGAGCGCUUUCUCGAAAACCCAAAUCCAAAAAGGAUCACGAACCAAGUCUAGAGUGGCGUCGCAAGCUGCGAAGUCGCAGACUUAUUGGUGCGAAAGUCGGAAUGCGACCCAACCAUCCGCUAGCAAGAAAACAAAUCAAAACACUCGGCGACAAUCUACGACGCCAAAGGACACCACUCGGCGCUCUUCCCGCCUUGCAGACGAAGCGGAAGGCUCGGAAGAAUCCCAUAAACGUUCGUCGCGCAGAGAGCCUUCCAAAACUCCAGAUCCCAGCGCAAACGAUGAGCAAACAAAGAAGCCGUUUCGUCUCACCGGUGGUAAGGUCGGAGGAACAGCUAAUAAGCGAAAGCGGAAAUCAGCAACUCCCAUCAGUAUAGGCGCCACUUUCAGCAAAGCGAAACAAACUGAGAAGUCUCUUCGUUCCAGCGAAUCCAAACAGAAAGGGAGGCAUCCACCAGCUACUGUCGACUUGCCUGACAACAGGCGUGAAACUAGAGCAGCCACAAGGCAACGAAAGAAGAAACCUGGGAAGCAAGUUGUGAUACACCUGACAGAUUCGGACGAAGACGAUGACGAGCCAGUCGAAGCUCAUGAUGUACAAAAGGACGUCGAGUGUAUCGCUGUGGGGACCAAAUUGUUUGAGAAAGACUGUAGAAUCGAAGUUUCGAACGAGCUCGUGCUGGCUUUAAAAGGAAGAAAGAGAAAGGUCAAAAAGAAAGACGGCGAUGACCUGAUAACCUGUAUCGACCUGAACGGGAAGGAUCUCAAAUGCCUAAAGUUCUUUUCCCGCGAGGAGUCUCUUGAGUCGAAUCUCGAGCCGUUCUUGGCGUUGCAGGUGGCCCCAAACGAUCAAAACAAGCUUGGACGGUUUGGCGGAUACGGGUACAACUCAAAAGACAAGCGGCAGAAUUACAUUGUCAUUCAAUUUCGCUCAAACGAUGAUCUUGAAGCAGUUCUUGGAGUGAUGGGUAGUACACAUCCUUUUGUCCAAGAAGCGCAGCUGUCCAGUGAAGAAGCCGAGCAUUACUGCGCCGCCAUCUUGAAUGGUAAAGGCUUCCGGAGAGGAAAAGUCACUGAUGCUUUCAUAGGCAACAGAUCGGAAGACGAUGUGCUUUUGGUUUAUCCCUUUGCUGGUGAUGCCGAUGAAAUCGAGCACUGUGCCAGUGAGCUGCAAGAAGCAAGUGGAGAGCUGUUCUCUGAAAAUCCUGCCUGUGCGGCCACACCAGUUGACGAUGGCAAGGUGUCGUCUUCUCCUGAAGCCACUGAUCUCCGUCGUCACAAAUUGACUGUCCGAGUUCGUGAUGUUGAGCGACUCAAUCCUGGGGUGUUCCUCAACGACACAUUGAUUGACUUUUGGAUCCAGUGGAUUACUAGAAAGGCACAUCAAGACCCAUCGGGCGACAUGGUGCAUUGCUUCUCAUCGCAUUUCUUCACCACUUUGGAUGACGAGGGUCCAGAUGCUGUGACAAAAUGGACAGCACGAAGAAACAUCGACAUCUUUAAAAAGAAAUUCAUCUUUAUUCCAAUCAAUGAGGCAUUGCACUGGUCUCUCUGCGUGGUCGUCAAUCCUGGCUCUGUUCUUGAAGAGGCCGAUGAUCAGCCCAUGGCUUGUAUGAUUUUCUUAGACUCCCUCAAAGCCCACAGUAAGAGUAAGGUGUCCAAAACGGUGCGCAAGUGGCUAACUUCCGAAUGGAAGAGACUAAAGCCCGACAGUGAUAACAAGGAUCCAUUCCUAAAGCUAAAGCGCUUUCCUUUGCUCAGCCCAGAGAUUCCCUAUCAGAACAACAGCUGGGAUUGCGGUGUCUUCGUUUGCCGAUACGCAUACUCAAUGUACGCCCUCAGGGGCCAACCCUUCAAUCGCGGCAAUCAAUGGUUUGCAAAGAAUUUGAUUGAUAAUGAAUACACAAAAUGCUUCAGCUUUCGAAUGGGUGACAUUGCCAGGCUACGGUUGGAUAUCUUGAAGCUCGUUGGGAAUCUUUCCGGAAUCUAUCUUCGGUGGAAGAAGCUAGAAGAAGAACAGGACAAGGUCGCGUCGCGGGCUCUCAAGGCCAAGACAGAGGGAGCAUCAGAACAGGGUGAAGCGGCAAUUGACAAAGCGGAGGCAACCACGGAAGACGAUUGCCCAGUUCCUACUUGUGUCACAGCGCAUCCAGGAAGAACCGACCCGUCAAUCGACGAAGACAGCGCUGUUGUCACAGAGUCUAGCCACUUGCCCGUAGGGGUGGAGGCGGAUUUACAUGCACACGAACAUGGAACAGACAUGAUGCCAUCAUUCAACGCGGAUGGUGCAACGGAUGACGUCAAGGAUCCUGAGUUCAAUGCACGGGAAAGUGGCACCGUCGCCAGCAGCCAUCCUGGCAGCCACCCUGGCAGCCACCACAUCACUGCGGACAUGGACUUUUCCGAGUACGUCGACGGCGUAGCGAUACAUCACGAUAUUUCAGCAGCAGCUGUGGAGGAAACUGCGACCAGGGAAAGGCUAUUGAAAGGGCACCCAGGACGGGAGUUUUCACGCACCGAUGCAACGGGAGAGUCCAACGACGAAGAUGGAAGCGAAAAGGAGAACGCGACUGGAUUUUCGGAUCUUGCACCAUGUGAUCACGAUGAUGUCUACCGCAGACUUCAUGAUGAAAAGAAUCAAUCUCCUGGACGUACCGGCAGUAGUGUUCAGUGCGAGAGCAGAUCGCCGGGAAAGCUCUCAGAAGGGGACACGUUUGAGUUUUGAGUGACUAUUGACUUAUUGUUGCGUUGUCUCAAUGGUGUUGGCUCCCCAAGUGGCGGGCGACCACAGCUUGCCUCUCUGGCUCGCCAGCAAGCUAGCUCCUAGUCAGUAACUACUAGUUCUGGUGGCACAAUACUACCGUACCGGUACCCAAUACUAUCAAGCCAGGU